UCAGCAUAUUCGAGAGGCAGUCGCAAUUUGAAGUGUAAUAUAGAAGCAAUAUCGUCGCUGUGCACUAUAACUUUGUGUUAUUUAACGCGAGUCUUUUAGUUUGGUUUGAAAAAGUUUUUACUAGUUUGUCCAUUACGUCCAACAGUAUUUUCCGGGAAAUCGAUACCGUUCCAGAAGAUUCGUACUUAAUACUGAACUGACUAUUAAAAGAUUUGUCAACGCAGAACGAAUUAAUUUAGCUAAAAUGAAGAUCGAAAUAUGGUCGGACAUUGCAUGCCCGUUCUGCUACAUUGGAAAACGUCGUUUCGAAAGUGCCUUAAGCAAAUUUGAACAUCGCAAUCAGGUCGAAAUCAAAUGGAAAAGUUUUGAAUUGAAUGCGGACAUUCCGAGACGAACGACAACCACUGUGCUUGAAUUUCUGACCGCCCAUAAGGGUAUUUCAUCCGAUCAAGCGAAAGGCCUUUUCAAGCAUGUCACUCAAACGGCUGCAAAGGACGGCCUAAAGUUUAACUUCGAUAUCGGUCUUCAUGGCAACACAUUCGAUGGUCAUCGGUUGGUACAUUAUGCCACAGAGAAUGGUUGCGGCGAUGCAAUGAAAGAACGUCUCUUUUCGGGAUACUUUGUGCGAGGAGAAUCGGUCGCUGACAUUGACACACUCGUCUCGAUGGCAACGGAUGUCGGGCUGGAUGCAGAAAAGACCCGCGAAAUGCUGCAAUCCGACAAAUUUAGCGACGAGGUCAGAAUGGACGAAGCACAAGCGAGGAAGCUGGGAAUCCAUGGGGUUCCAUUCUUUCGGAUAGAUGAAAAACACGAAAUGUCUGGUAUUCAGGCACCCGAAGGUUUUCUGCAAGUACUUAACAAAGCUUGGAAUUCCACCGAAGGUGCGAAGAGUUCUACGGCAGGAGUGGCCUGUAAUGAGGAUGGUUGCGUUCGUCGUUAAAGAAAAUUCGUCCGUAUGAAAAUGACCGUCAAAGAAGUGAAAUAAAAAUUGAUUUUUGAAAUGUG